AUAAGUUCUCUUUGAACUUUUCACAAACAUGGAAGAAGAAAAGAAGAAAACCCUACAAAAUAAACCAGCACCUAUUGGAACUCCAUUUGAGAAAAAGGAAAACGAUCUGCCCAGUUUUUUCUUAUUAUCUGUGAAACUAAAAUAUGUGAAGCUUGGUUACCAUUAUUUGGUCUCCAACUCCAUAUAUCUCUUGUUAAUGCCAUUCUUUGGCAUGAUUGUGGCCUAUUUUUCAACUCUUACCUUUGAAGAUCUAACUAUGCUAAGGAACCAACUCAGCUUCAAUUUGGUAACAUUGCUUAUAUGCUUAGCUGUUGCGAUUUUUAUUAUCAGUCUCUAUUUCAUGGGCAAACCGAGAAAUGUUUACUUGGUAGAUUUUGCUUGUUACAAGCCAGAAUCUGCUCAUAAAUGCACUAAAGAGCAAUUUAUGCAGCUAUCAGCAGCAACUGGGCAUUUUACAGAGCAGAGUUUAGCCUUUCAAAGGAAAAUUCUCGAAAGAUCAGGUUUUGGUCAAAUGACAUAUGGUCCUAAUGGUUUGAUGCGGUCACCUAAGGAUCAGUCUUUGAUUGAGUCAAGAAAUGAAACAGAAAUGGUUGUGUUUGGAGCCAUUGAUGCACUUUUGGCACAAACUGGAUGUAGCCCUAAAGAUAUAGGGAUACUAGUUGUGAAUAGUAGUUUGUUUAAUCCUAUACCUUCUCCUUCAGCCAUAAUUGUCAAUCGUUACAAGUUUAGAGAAAACAUCUUGAGUUAUAAUCUUGGUGGUAUGGGUUGCAGUGCUGGCCUUAUUUCUAUUGACCUCGCCAAAGAUCUUUUGCAGGUACAUCCCAACAGCUAUGCCCUUGUGGUUAGCACAGAAAAUAUAACACGAAACUGGUAUAUGGGCAACAACCGCUCCAUGCUUGUCACCAACUGUCUUUUCCGUAUCGGAGCCGCCGCCAUCCUCCUAUCCAGCCGACCAUCUGAUCGCGGGCGAUCAAAAUAUCAGUUAAUCCAUACCGUUCGGACCCACAAAGGAGCUGAUGAUAAAUGCUACGAAUGCGUCAUGCAAGAGGAAGACGAUAACGGAGCAGUUGGUGUCUCCCUCUCGAAAGACCUAAUGGCAGUUGCCGGCGAAGCCCUAAAGACAAAUAUAAGAGCUCUGGGACCAUUAGUUCUUCCAGUCUCCGAACAACUGCUGUUUCUUGCAACUUUAAUAGCGAAAAAGUUUUUGAAGAUAAAAAUAAAACCUUAUGUUCCUGAUUUUAAAUUAGCUUUCGAGCAUUUCUGCAUUCACGCAGGGGGGAGAGGUGUGUUGGAUGAGUUAGAGAAAAAUCUUGAUUUGAGUGAAUGGCAUAUGGAGCCUUCAAGAAUGACUCUUUAUAGAUUUGGUAAUACUUCAAGUAGUUCUUUGUGGUAUGAGCUGGCUUAUUCACAGGCUAAAGGGAGAAUCAUGGAAGGUGAUAGAGUUUGGCAAAUAGGAUUUGGGUCAGGUUUCAAGUGUAACAGUGCUGUUUGGUAUGCACUGAAGAAGAUUGAUACAGCCAAUGAGAAGAACAAUCCUUGGAUCGAUGAGAUUAAUGAUUUUCCUGUCAAUGUACCUAAAGUGACACCCAUGGCUUGUUAAUGUUAACCUUUCUUUUCCUAAAUUAAUUAAGAAAGUGUAUUUUUCAUUCCCUUCCUUAUAUUAUGAAGCUGAAUUUAAAUUUAAAUUUAAA